CAAACAAGAAGCAGUCCAUCCCAACACAUUUCAGAUCACAGCUGGGGAUUCCACUUAGGCUUGUUUGAAGAAAUCCCUCCCCAGUUACAAUCAGCAUAUAACCUGUAGCACCAGAGGUCCCAAGACACUGGACCACUGCUAGACUAAGAUAAGGAAUGCCAUCCGUUCCAUGCCCGGUCCCGACUUUGGGAAAUCGGAUCACUUGGCUGCCCUUCUCCUCCCUUUAUACAGGCAGAGGCUAAAGAGCAAAGCUCCAGAGAUUAGGACAACAAAGAGAAGAUCGCGAGGGGCAAUGAGUGGCUACGGGGCUGCUUCGAGUCGCUGGACUGGACCGUUUUCAAGAAUCCAUCUGUGGAUCUGAAUGGUUAUCAUGGACUUUAUAAAAACAGUUGUAGGUCACUUGGAUGUAACUACACCAAACUGUGAUCUCCUUUCUGUCAAGAAGGAAAUGAAGCGGCUCUACUUCAUACUACUGUUGGACCUCCCCUUAAACAGCCGCGUGUUCCCCGCCGGAACGCUGGCCGCCAUCCCCGAGUCGGACUACCUGAAGGAGAUGGAGAGGGAGAGGGAGGUGGGUUCGGGCCGCCGACUGAAAUUCCAGCUGGUGGACGCGGAGGUGAGCCUGGAGCUGGAGCUGGACACCCUGCAGCUGCUGAGUGAGCAGGAGGCAGGGCUGCUGCAGGCCGUCAGCCCCUCGGCCCGGCGGCUGUACUUCUACCUGGAGGAGAAGAAUGCACUGCAGGCCGCCUUGCAGCUGAAGCCGGGCGACCCGGUGAUGCUGGAGCACAACUCCGAGGCCCUUCCCGGCAUCCUCAGGUACAAAGGCAGCAUCGUGGACAACCUCGUGCUCUCCGGCACCUACUUCGGCAUCGAGCUGCAGGUGGAAGCAGACUUUGACGGGCUAAAUGAUGGAAUGUAUGGCGGGAAGCAGUACUUCCAAUGCAGGGAAAACCAUGGGUUCUUUGCGCCUUUCAUCAAGGUGAAACCGCAAAGGAGUUCUGUGGAUACUAGACAGCUGGCACUCACGGUGAGCCCGAAUCACACCAGUACCGAGCACAGUUGUCCUGUGAACCCUGGAGACCGCGUGGCCAUCUACACGGAAGACGGGAUAAAGGAAGGGACGGUGAUGGGCCUCUUUCAAAGGGGAUCGAUGGUUGCAGUCAGCUUUAAGCAGGACCCAUCGAAGGGAGAAAGGCUGGAAUCCAUGAUGACCAUCCCACUGGAGUCCAUCAUCAAGACGGAAAUGCUGCAGCCCCCCCGAAACGUCCAACGCAGCGUCUCCCGAGAGAGCCAGAUGUGGGUGGACGGCGUAGAGAAAGGUGGGAGCCUGCGACACCAGGCCCUGGUGAAUGGAGGGAGCCCUCCUCGCAACUGGCUGGGAGUCAAUUCUGUCGUGCAGAUUAACAUGGACCAGGGACCUCCUGUGACUGGGGUCAUCCGGUGGACAGGACAGCUGCCGGGGAAGUCCGGAGAGCAGGCCGGUGUGGAGCUGGAUGAGGACAAAGGGCUGACUGAUGGCACCUGGAAGGGGAAACGGUACUUUGAGUGUGGACCCAAGAGGGGAUUGUUCGUCCACUUGACCUCCUGCCAUCCUGAUGCCAGGUUCCAGUCUCUGGCCAUAACCCGGGACAAUUUGCAAGACACCGAUCGAACUACCGGCAGCCGGGAGAGUUACGUGGUCUCCGAGGACAUCCCUCCGCCAAGGAGCGAGGACGCUGUGAAGAUCUUCCGGGGGAGAAUGUGUGGGAUCCAAGGCCACUGCAAUUCCUGCUACAUGGACUCGGCCCUCUUCAGCCUCUUCUCCUGCUCCAUGGUGCUGGACUCUCUGCUGUACAAGAGCACAACCCACCACAACGCCCACAUCCAGCAGAUCCUCCGCGAGGAGAUCGUCAAUCCUCUCCGCAGGGACGGGUUUGUGGACUGUAAGAAGGUGAUGAACCUGCGACAGGAGCUGACCCAGGGCGGAUACUGCGCGGGCUUCACGUCCGAGGAGAAAGAUCCAGAGGAGUUCUUGAAUGUCAUAAUGCAUCAGGUUCUGGGACUGGAGCCGCUCCUGAAACUGAAGUCACAAGGACUGAAGGACCAGGAUUGUUUCUGCCACCAGAUAUUCAUCGAUGAGGACGAUGAGCUCCUUGUGCCGACUGUACAGCAGCUGGUGGAGCAAUCCUUCCAUUGUAACCACCUCAAGCUGACAGAGGUUCCCUCCUGCUUCUUCAUCCAGAUGCCUCGUUUUGGGAAGAGUUACAAGAUGUUUGAGAAGAUUAUCCCCUCGCUGGAACUGGACAUCACUGAUCUGCUGAGUGACAGUCCCCGAGAAUGCUGUCUGUGUGCAGAUCUGGCCACCCAGGAGUGCGAAGAAUGCUUCAAGGACAAGCUGUUUUCAAAAACAGGCCUCAAGCAGUACUGUGACGCUUGCUGGUAUCAGGUUCACAAACAUCCUUCCCGACGAGCACACAAGUCGAUGAUGCUCCAGUGCCCUCCCGAAUACGAGCGGAGCCAGAGGGCACGGGUGCCUCGUGAGAAGAUGCAGCUCUUCGCCAUGUUGUGCAUUGAGACCAGCCACUACGUCUCCUUCAUCAAGUACGGCCCCGGCGACGGAGACUGGAUGUUCUUUGACAGCAUGUCAGAUCGGCACGGCGGAGAGAGCGGCUACAACAUCCCGUCGGUGACGCCUUGCCCCGAGGUGGGGCUGUACACCCACGUGCCCCCCGCCCGCCUCGCCAAGCUGAGCCCCCGGGACCUGGAGGGGGUGGCCAAGCGGCAGCUGUGUGACGCCUACAUGUACCUGUACCAGAACCCCAGGAUGGCCGUCUACCGGUGACCCCAGGCCCUGGGCCCCGGCUUGCUGCAGGAGACGAUGGGGGGGGAGGGGGGGGCGGCAGGUUGGAGGGCAGUCACCUCAACCAGCCGGGCUUCGUCACAACUGGCACCGGCUCUGCUACAUGAAUUUGCACUGGGUCGUGUUCUGGCACUCAGUCAGAGACUGGCACUGUAACGAGGACGCUGUGUCUGGGUCAGGAACGUGCUGUCUGACAGCGGGGCUGAAGGGCUUGGGAAAUGGGUCCAGCUCACCAUCCUUCAAACCAUCCGUGGCCUGGCCGAGUUGUGGUGACAUCUUAGCCCCCCUCCAACCCACCUGUCCCUCCCUCAGCCACCUUCUAUCCUCCUCCCCCCGGUUGCUCCGUGCUGUAAGAAGCCAUUGCUGUGUGGUUUAGUCCUGAGGUUUAUCGUGUGCUGAGUUGUCCAGAUGUUUGACCUAUGUCAUGUCCAGAUGUUUUCCCAGUGCCAGUUUGUCCUGUUGUAAGGAUCACACCUGUAGGCACAUAUUUACCGACAAGUAACCCUUAUUGUCUCAACUAAAACGCACGUGGGUUCACUACCAAUGUGCACCCACCAGGAUUUCCCAACCCUCCAUGAACAGUCGAUGAAGAGAAAAGGUAUUACCCAAGAAAGGAGACAACGCUGGCCAAGUGUGACUCGUGGUCCCGAUCCCCACGUGUCCCUGGGGUCCUCCUUAUCCGUGAUGGUUGGUCUCUGCUUGCUUUAGAGUCAUCACCGUUGGGUACUUGGAGCUCCUGACUCUGUUCCUCGUCAAUUAAACUGGUGCAUCUCCAUCCCAUUGGCGCCAGGUCACCUGACCUACCUGGGUCCCCACCUUACCGGUUCUAGUCCGGGUCUACAACCAACGUUGUUUCAUGCUUCUACCCUCCAGCCUUGUGUAUUUGUGUCUUUCAACUCUGACUGGUCCAAACCAGUUAAACUAGGGGACUCGGGCACUGAGUCUAACAAGAUUACAGAUUGAUUCUUUGGUAGGGCUGGCACCUUACAUGAUAAAUAUCUACUCAUCUGAGAAUGGUCUCAGGUUUAGCAGCUCCUUCUGUCCACAUUCAGUUGCUCUCGUUAGGUGAUCCCAGAGCAGGAACCAGUUCAGAGUUCACAAAAUGGGGGAAACACGGACAAUUAGUUUGUCAACUUCCCCUGUCCUUGAAUCAUCUGAAUCCACUAAUUUGUAGACUGUAGUUCCUUCUGGCCAACAGUCCUGUGACAGUCUGUCAAUCUGUUUGUCCUGUGACGGUAUGUCAAUCUAUUUCUCCUGUGACGGUCUGUCCUUCUGUUUGUCCUGUACUGGUCAAUCCAGAUGUUUGUCCUGUGCCAGAUUAUCCAGAUGUUCAUCACGCUGUUCGGUUGCCCAGAUGUUUGCUUGUCCCUGGCUGCAUCAGCCAGAUGUUCACCCUUUGGCCCAGGGCAGCCCUGGCCCACCCCUGCCCCCCCUCAGGCUUCACAGACAAACGGAAGGUUUGAGUGAUUUUCUCUGAGAAGGCCAGCGUUCAUUACCCCUCCGAAGUUGUCGUGAUGAGUCGAUAUUGGAACCAUGGCACCCCCAGUGAAGGUGAUUGCUCCCACAGUGUGGAGUUCCAGGAUGUGACUCCGGUGACCCUGAGGGACAGGCUGUUGGUCUUCAGGACGAGAAACGUCGGCGUUGGUUUCCUGCAGCCCAUUUGUUCUCAGUGCCUCAGAUUCAGGUUCGUCUGUUUGCCACUUGUACGUGGAACUGUACAGUGAGACGCAUGGUCUUCAUUAACAACCGACACAGACUAAGGAUGUGCUGGGGGCAGCCCACACGUGUCACCACACGUUCCGGUGCCAGCUUUGCACAUCCACAAUAUUCAGCAGAACAAUACAACAGCACAAGGCAACAGAAAACAAGCCCCUUUCCCACCCAUUCACACAGGACAGGCUGCCAGUCCUGUUCCCCAGACCCUCCCAUUCACAGGCAUUGGGCCCCCAACCUCCCAUCCCUGGUUCAGACGCAGCCUCGGCCUCUGGACCUGCCGAGCUCUGAACUUUGACCUCUGGACUUUGCUGACCUCUGGGUAGCGACCCCUCCCAAAACUGACUGGAUCAUAGGAUUGACCUUCGGGCCUUGACCGCCUCUGGCUUUCCUUUGCCAGGGGUGUCUCCUCACCGUCCGCCCCAGCCCUUGACGCUGGUCCCAGCUACCCGCUUCAGGCUCCAGUCUUCAGUGCCAGUUGUUUUGCAUAUUCAACUUUAUAAAUAAAAAGAUUUAAUUUUAA